AUGGCGUUAAACAAAGUACAACUAAUAAAAUUAUAUUCCAAUCGAUUAGUGAAAUCAUUGGUUCCUGUGGAAUUCGGUGAGGCAUUCAUCCAGAGUGUAAUCAAUGACUUGCAAACUACUUUACUAAAUACUCCUUCGGAAGAGCAGAAUUUAUCAAUAAUUAUAAACAAACUUAAGAUGCAAUUUUUAAGUAACAAUUUAAAAAAUGAAUGGGUCGAAUUUCAGAACAUUGUUAAUUCAUUAAGCAAAUUCAAAUCGUUGGAUCAGAUUUGUAAUUAUCUUGUAUUUCUCGAUGCUUUAAGAGAUGAGAAACCAGAAGAUAUAUUAUCAACAUCAUCGGCAAGCUUGUCUCCUGGUAAGCAAACUGUGACGAUAAAUACAGCAAACACAGCAUUGACUUUAUCACAACUAAUCGAACCGUAUUAUGAUACUUUAUCGGAACAAACCAUUUUAACUUACUUACCGUACACUAUGUUGGGUCUGGAUUCCAAAAUAUUUACGUUCAGCGAUAAUUAUACACGAUUGGAGAUACCGAGGGAUAUAAACAACAGUUUCAGCUCAUUAUUACGCGAAGUUUUUGAAUUUGCAAUACUAUAUAAACAAUUGGCAAUUGUCGUUGAUAAGUAUAAAGGAACUUUAGUGCUGGCCAUAAAAACCGCAUAUAUAGCAAUACUAGAAGCCCAAUUGAACAAAUAUGUGAAUGAUAUUAACAAUAUAUUUAGUAAUAAACCCAAUUCCAUAUUAGUUGUUUACAAUUCUGCUUUCCCCUGGAUAUCUAUACUACGGUUUUUAUACCGUGUUUCCAACAGACUAAACAGAUUGGAUGGCUAUGAAUUUUUAACAUUUAUUUAUAGUUUUACCAACCAUGGAGAUCCCAAAAUACGAGACAUUGCUGUGACUGCAUUUACUGAGGUUGUCAAACCUUAUUAUAAUAUAGUGGAACAUUGGAUAGUGAAAGGGGAGUUGAUUGAUAAUAAUAACGAGUUUUUCAUUGUUUUUGAUCAAGAGCAGAAUGAAUUUAAUAGUAUAAUAAAGUUAUUACCCAAAAAAAUACCAGCCUUUAUCGAAUCGAGUGAUAGAAUAUUUCAAAUUGGGAAAACAUUGAUUUUUUUAAAUAAAUAUUGCCGUGAAUUAAAGUGGGUAAAUCAGUACAACGUGAAAUACUCUGCUAUAUUGUUUAAUAACCAUCAAGGCUUGUCAUCCAUGACUACAAAUGAAAUGAUCAAAUUGAUUGAUCUGCAAUAUAAUGAGAUUUUAACGUUUCUCACCCAAAUUAUUCAAGGAAACAAUAAAUUGUUUACUCACAUUUAUAAUUUCAAGAGAUUCUAUUUUAUGGAGACCAAUGAUUUCAUUGAUGCAAUUAUGGUGAAAGGUAAAGACGUUUUCAAUGAAUCAUCAGUAAAUAUUUCAUCAACCUAUCUUAGAAAAGUGUUACAAGAGGCCAUACAAAUCUCGUCAGUGAAAAAUUUUGAAUAUGUUGACAGACUUGAUUCAAGAGUUUUGAAUCCUCAACAUGGGAAUUUGGGUUGGGAAUCGUUCACCAUUGAAUAUAAAAUUGAUGAUCUUCCCAUGAGUUAUUUAUUUGAAGGUCAUCAACAUUUGCAGUAUUUAAAAAUGUUUCAUUUUCUAUGGAAAUUAAGACAAUUAAAUAAUUUAUUAAAUUGGCAUUUUGAAAUGUUUAAUGAGUUGAAUCAUAAUGUGGUGAUGAAGUUGACGACCAGAAAUAGAAGACCUUUGUUGAAAUCAUUGAGCAUAAUAACCAGUAUAAGGUUCCAUUUCACCCAAUUCCUUAAUGAAUUAAUAGCUUAUUUGUCUUACGAUGUUAUUGAAGAAAAUUUUCAACAGCACAUUGUAAGGAAAUUAUUCUACAAUAAGAAUGAUCAAGAUUUGCUAUUGAACAAACUGUUUAUGAAUUUACUGGAAAAUCAGCUAACCAAUAAUCUUCCAAAAUUCAAUGUCAAUCUAUUAACUAUUGAUGAAUUAGUGGAACUCCAUGGUACAUAUAUUGAUAGCAUUAUCAAUAGCAGCUUAUUAAAUGAAAAAGUGAAAGGUAAUGAGACAAAUGUAAGUUAUAUUGAUCAAAUAUUUGAUAUUUUGCAGACUAUUUUUAAUUUCAUAAAUACGAGUCAGGAAUUUUAUUCCUUGGUGGUUAAUUUUGGAUUAUUAGUUAAACUGGACAAUAAUACAAGCAAUAUAGAGUUAGAACAGGAUCAAGAAGAUUUGGAGUUUCAAUUGCAUAAAAUAAAACGGAAAAUUUACAAAGAUAUUUAUCAACACGACUACAAACGGCAAUUAAAUGAUUUGAAAAAUGACUUGAAUCGAGAUUAUAAUUUAAAAGAUCUAAGUAAGUUGUUAUGA